CUGUCUUUACCUCUUGUUAAAAUGUUGUUCACUCCACUCCUUACAGUGACGGCGCUCCUCGGUAUCACCCAAGCCCAGCAAUAUGGCGGCAGGUACAGCUCAUCAACCUGCGGUGUCCCAACAACGGUUACGAAGACUUGCACCAGCACAGUCUCAAUCCCUGGGUUCUCAAUUACCAAGACAGUCACAAAUCAUGCCUCAGUCACCAAGACAAUUACGAACCAAGCCUACUGCUCGGCUACUGUGAAAACAGUGUCGAUGCCUGGAUUUUCAAUUACAAAGACGGUUACGAAUCGAGCCUCCUGCCUGGCGGCAUUGACGAAAACUACUACCUUGGGCGGAGCUGUUUCGACGGUUACGUCUACCAUUGCUGGCGCCAACUCGACAAUCACGACGACACGAACUCUGGCUGCGGUGACUACUACCGUCAAUGGAAUGAACUCUACGAUCACGUCUACUGUUACUGGCGCCAAUUCUACAAUAACAACUACUCAGACGCUGCCUGUGAUAACCACAACAAUCGAGGCAGUUAACUCCACGAUCACGACAACCGAGACGCUGCCUGUGGUGACUACGACGAUUGAAGGAGUCAACUCUACAGUUACUACUACACAGCUUUCUACCACUACUCUGCCUGCGGAAACUGUAGUCCAGAACUUCACAACAACCGCUAUCACAACAACCACAGCGACUCCAGCGUGUGUAGCAACUUCAGUAACCCCCAACUCGUGGAACGCCCUUAGUGCAGGUGAUGUACAGAUAGGAACCUUUCCUGUACUAAGUGCGAUUAUCCAGGAAACAAACCCUAACCUCCCCCAACGCUGGGUGCAAACCGUGGCAGUAUGUCCUGGUAAUAGCUACGUAGUAUCGCUGGACGCGGUACGAGGGACCGACCUCAGCGGCACUGCGUAUGUUAGAGCUUAUGCGGACAGGAAUAUGAUAAUGGAAUAUCCGGUUCUUGAUGAUUCGAAUACUUGGAGGGGAAGUUUUUUCGCUAGCUCUGCCUCAACGGCUCUGGUCAUAGAGUUCGUUUUCUACAAUGGUGAAGGGCGGAAAAAGGGUAUGUCAGUCUCUAACGUGCAGGUGUCCCCAAGUUCUCGUACUUGA